GGUCGUCUGCUUCGCUGAGCCACGUCUCUAUUGGCCGGAUGGGGCCCUCCUUCCUGCUGGGGCUGCUGAUGUCAGACACGCUCUCACACCCUUCCUAAGCUCGUUGCCGCCGCCGCCCCUCCUGCUGCUGCUGCUGCUGCGGCAGAGGCUUCUCGGCGCGGCCAGAGACGACCCGAGCGUAGAGCCUCUCUGGAGGGGAGAGCCCAGCCCCUCCGACGAUCCCAGCAGCCAGGCAGAAGCAGCUCCUUCCUUCCACCUCCCGCCCUCUCCCGCUGCAGCAAUGCUGAACGCCUGAGAGCCGCUCGCCCAGUGAGGCGGAGGGAGCUUGUUUACCAGGCGGAGAAGGAAACGUUAGCAACCCUUUUGUCUUGGAAGGAAGCAUCUCCUUCGGCGGCGGCCGCUGUUCCCGGGGGCUGCCUCCCAGGCUGGGACGCGGACUGCUCGCUCCAGCCUGCUUUUACUGUACUUCGGUUUUUGGAAACAUGUCUCGAUGCUGCAGCGGCAAAGAAACGUCCCCCGCUCAAGCGUUCCCGGCGGAUGCCUUUGUAUGAACGCCUCCCGUUCCGUUUGAGCCGCCUUUUGUGUGUGCACGGAUGAAACCAAGCACCUGACCACAGUUGGAAGCUGCAAAACUGGAAGAUCGGAGAAGAACAUCGCGGGGUGUUUUUUCUUUCCUUUUCCCCGGUGGCCGGGUCAGCCUUCUAGAUGGUGGCAGCGGCGACAUCUACGGACAUUGCCAAGCACGCGUCCUCCGGGGUGCUGUAGAUCGUUGGUGGUUUUACAUUUAAGUAUUUGGAAGCCUUUGGCUACAGUCGGGGUGCGUUGUGGUCGCGUUUCUCCUAAACUGCUGGUUUGCAUUUAAUGUGUCGGAAUAUGCUCAUGAAGGAGUAUCGGAUCUGUAUGCCUUUGACAGUUGAAGAGUACAGAAUUGGACAGCUGUACAUGAUCAGUAAACAUAGCCAUGAGCAGAGUGAUCGUGGAGAAGGUGUGGAAGUGGUACAGAAUGAACCCUAUGAAGAUCCAAACUAUGGGAACGGUCAGCUGACAGAAAAACGGGUCUAUCUGAAUAGCAAACUUCCAAGCUGGGCAAGAGCUGUUGUUCCCAAAAUAUUUUAUGUUACAGAGAAGGCAUGGAAUUACUACCCAUAUACAAUCACAGAAUACACGUGCUCAUUUUUGCCCAAGUUCUCCAUUCACAUAGAGACAAAAUAUGAGGACAACAAAGGAAGCAAUGAUAAUAUAUUUGAUAACGAAGCCAAAGAUCUUGACCGAGAAGUCUGCUUCAUUGAUAUUGCCUGUGAUGAAAUUCCUGAGCGCUAUUACAAAGAAUCAGAGGAUCCUAAAUACUUCAAAUCAGAGAAGACUGGGAGAGGCCUAUUAAAAGAAGAUUGGAGAGAAACUCAAGACCCUAUUAUGUGCUCCUACAAACUUGUAUCUGUGAAAUUUGAAGUAUGGGGACUUCAAACUCGAGUUGAGCAGUUUGUUCAUAAGGUGGUCAAAGACAUACUGCUAAUUGGUCAUCGACAGGCAUUUGCAUGGGUGGAUGAGUGGUAUGACAUGACCAUGGAUGAAGUCCGAGAAUUUGAACGAGCAACUCAGGAAGCCACCAACAAGAAAAUUGGAAUCUUCCCUCCUGCAAUAUCAAUCUCUAAUAUCUCCCUUCCCUCUUCAAUCCGCAGUGCUCCUUCUAGUGCUCCAUCUACACCUCUGUCAACUGACGCACCUGAAUUCCUAGCAGUUCCCAAAGACCGUCCGCGGAAAAAAUCUGCCCCAGAAACGCUCACGUUGCCAGAUCCAGAUAAAAAAGCUCUCUAAACCCAGCAUGGUUUUUUCCUUAAGACAAGCUAUGACUGACAGAAUAUCAUUUGCAAAGUUCAUGGUAGUUGUUUUAUUUAAACAAAUCUUAUUAAUCUGGAAGUAUGCCUUUCCCAUUCCCCCCAUUCCCUUAGGCUUUUCCCUGAAACUAGUUAGCUAAAUGCAUGCAAGAUCAUAGUCCAUGUGUUCUGAUUCCCAAACUAAAGCUCUAAUCCAUAUGACAGAUGUUGCUAUCAACCCAGAAUGAAGUAGCUUGUAAAAGCAAAAGCAAUCUCUUCUAGCGAUUGCUGCAAACAGAAAAUAUAGCAUUGCAGUGUUUAUGACUGGAGAGGUUACAGGGAUUUCAUAAAGCUGGUGAGGACAUCCUGAGAGAAUGAGGUUCUCCUUAGCUCCAGGUUCAGAUGACAUUUCUCAUUCCAAGCCAUUGUAUCUCCAUUUCUGAAAUCCUUUUUUACACUCAGGCCGAAUGCACCUUAAAGUAAACCUUGGAACUGCUGAUUCACUGAUCAACACUUGAAUACCAACAGAUUCAGAUUCCUUUUUACAGAAUACAACUCAGGAUUUGGGGUGUAGCUAAUGCAUACUUUAAGCUCUUCAAAAAUUAAAGAACCAAUGUGCUCUAGCUUUGUCUUAAAUUAUCAUAACCAUUUUGAGACCCUUGAACCAUUUGUAUCUUGCACAAAAUUUGUAACUCCUUUUUAUUGUGUGCUGUUGUAAAACUUUUCUGUGUUGGUUUUGGAGAACUGAGACCUACUCCAGGAAGAAAAAUGGAAACACAAACAAAUAAAUAGGUUACAAAGGCCAAAAGGGACAAGUAGAUCCCAAGUAACAGUGCCAUUAUUAAUUCAUAAUUCAAUUUUUGAUUCAGGCCUUCUGAGUUCCUAUGAAAUUAAUGGAAGUCCUGAUUGAAAACCCUGCUGAAAACAAGAAAAGGUCAGUCCUUUUUUUUUUUUUUUUUUGCACCAUUCUGAGCAGUCAUUAGUCUAUUCUAUGACUGGAAGUUUUGCAGAGGGUGGCCAUGUUGGCCUGGUAAAACAAAAGCAACAGGAUUAUAGCAUUUAAAAAAUGCCAUAACAACAUAUGUUAGACUUACAGUGCAGAUUCUUUUUCUCAUUCUAAAAAUCCUGUAUACAUAAAAAAAGAAAUAGUGAAUGUAUUGUAAGGCUGAGCCAUGAAUAAAAUUAAGAAAGAAAAGGCUGGGGAGAUCCAAACAGAUUUUUAAAAAGGUAGGUCUACCAGUAAGUCUUUAUCAUGCUCAGGAUGAUGAGACUCAGUGCAUGGUCCAAGCAAGCAGUACUUUUUUCAACUGUACCUGUUAUUAUUACUUACUUUGGAUGCAGGCACCCGAAUUUAAAGUGGAAGGGGAAACAUGGUGCACUUUUGCUACAGUCGACAAUUGAUCAAGAAGCCUCUGUCUACUCAAAAAAGCAAAAAGUUUAUGUGGAAACCUUCUAAAGCUUCUGCCAGAAACAAAACAACCUGCCAGCUUCCUGAGCUCCUUUGGUUGCAUUCCUUUCCAACAAUGAAAAUAGAAAUGAAACAUUUUUUCUUUUGACUUUUGGUACCCUAGAAAACAGUAUUAGUUUCACUGUUCCAUAUAGUUUGGAGAGACAAAAUAUUGGCCUGUUAAUUGCAUCACCCUUCUGUCUCAGGAAUUAAAAAUACUUCCCCAUAUACAAUUCAAGACACAUGGAAUCUGUUCCUUUCCUGAUAAUCCAUUCAGAAUUUAAUUUAGUUCAGUAAAUUAAGUUAGUAAUUAACCACAUCCAAGCUAGAAUCAGUUGUGAAAGUAUCAUAAACAUACAGUGACAGUACUUUGUAUUGUCAAGGGGAUAUAGAAAUAUACACGCAAACCUCAGGGGGUAAAGCUAACUUUGAAUAACAGAAAAUUUCUAGUAAGCACGGCAGCAUGAAUUUUCAUAUGAAAAAGUGUAGCAGACUUAAAUCUCCAAUUAACUCUCAAGUGACUUCUUACUUAAAUUGUACAUACUAAGGGGACUGUUAUUUAGGGUAGUUUUAGUCAUAGAAUGGUAGGGUGGGAGAGUAGAAUGCACUAUGUGUAUUUGAAAACUCAAAAUAUGUAGUCGGUCUAAUUCUGUAUUUAAUCCCCCUACCAUUUAGCUCCAUGCCUUUUCUCUGUUGUUAUUUAUGGUAUCUUUUUUCUAUCUUGCUCGGCAUUCUGAAGUUCUGUGCAACUGCUGUUAAUAUCUGGGUAUUAUUAUUAUUAUUAUAUUUCUAUACAGAAAUACACCCUGAGUUUGUGGCUUUAAGUUAGCAGAAAAUUAUGAUAAUAGUAGACAUUCAAGCCAAAUGUUGCUUUCCUUCUAUCCCCUUUUAGAAUCUUUUGCACAAAUCUAUAGGCCAAGACAUCAAAUCAUUGUGUUGAUUUAUUUUAACUAUUUUACUUCUUCCUGUAUGAUUUUGUUUCUUUGGCUUGGGAAUAAGAUCAGGUGUUUGAACAAUAUAUCUUAAGAAUAUGCUUGUUAAAAGGCUGCAUAGUGCAAAAAUGAAAGGUAAUAGCAUGCUAUGGAAAAAAAAAUAUUGAACUUUUCUGUGAUACUUUCUGCUCUCAAUGCUGCAGCAAGAAGUAUGUGUUCAAAUUGAUGUGCUAUCAAAAUUGGGUGCUUAAUGAAUAGACAUACAAAAUUUGAUCCUUCUGCAUGUCUAAAUGAUGGCUGGCAUAAUCCAUGUCUGCCUACUCUUUGCUUUUCCUAUACUUGUAGGAGUUAGCAAAAAUCAAAUGGAUGUUUCUUCAGCAUAUACACUCUCAUGUACCUAUGCUCUUCACAAAUUCUGUUACAAUCAUUUGUCAUACUCUGUUUUCCUUCCACAGCUUUUGCCAUUAGGUUAGUCAUUAUUCAAUUACUUUUCCUUCUUGAUUUUUGUCAUCUGCUUUAAAAACAUUUUUAUAUUUCUGACACAAGAAGAAUAAAUUUCUAGCAUAUUUUUGGUUGCACUAAUAUGUCUUCUACAUGGGAAAAAAGUUUGGGUUGUAUUGUUGACUUCUCUGAUUUAAUUUGUACAGAAUCUGCUGUAUAUUUUUAGCUGUAUGUUUUUUGUGAGGAUCAGACCUGUGGAUGUUUAUCUAUUUGUUUUGUGGAACAAAGUGGCACUUUCGAUAAAGUCUGGUGCAGCAACGCAAACUGAAGUAUUAUUAGGUUACUGUGCUAUAGUCCUGUUGUCCUUUUUUUCAGUGAGAACGUUUGAGCAUUGCUAAGAAGAGGAAGGAUGACUGUGUUCUGAAGCUACUAUACUGCUGGUUUAAAAUUUACCUUUCCUAUUAAGUAAAGCAGACUCCUGAAAUUAUCUGUUUCAAGACCCAACUUUGACCUCCUUAGCAAAAGAAGAAAAGCUUUUUUGAGCUGUAUCAUGAGAGUCUCAGGCAGGUUGAUCAACAUUUAUUAUUGGAAGUGCUAGUUCAGAUAUGCACAUCAGAUAUGCUUUCCAUGUACAUGAAUCUUUAAAAAUCCAUGUACAUGUGCUAGAAAUCAUCACUGGGCUUAUGUUUGCUAACAAAGUUUGCAACAAAACUUGCUAGAUUACCAUAAGAUAAAUUUGAGCCUAGCUUCUCUUCACAUAUCAGUGGCGUAACUUUUAAACUUUUGUUAAUAUGAAAUGAAAAUUACUCUGCUGUCUUUAUUUGAACAAUAGUAAGAGAGUUUUGUUUUUCUCUAAUAACACUUUGGACUGGGUCCUGAGGUACCUCUGUAUGAGCAGAAAAGGUUAAAAGGUUUUGACCAUCCCGUAAGUUAGCCUUCCCAUUGGCCAUGCUUAGCUGGGGUUGAUUGGGCCUAUGGUCUAACAAAAUUCUUCUCAUGCAAUUUCAGGUUGUGGUUUGCUGCACUGGAACUUUAGAACAUACUGUUGUUUAAAAGACAUCAAAUGUAUGCACUUCAUAGUAGUUAAUACAUACAAUGGGGAGGGUUCAUGAACUUGUCAGUAGGAACUCAUGAAUUACCAUUAUUCAGAUUUAUGUUUUCAUAAAGGCUUGAAGCUAAACUGAUCCCGGGGUAGAGUCUUCUUGUUUGGACAGCAUAGUCUUUGAAUUACAAUAGUCUAUGAUUUUUUUUAAUGUUACUUUUAGAAAUAAGUUUUUGUUUCAUUUCUGUGACAAUCUUUGUGACUUUGAGUGCUGUGUAUAGUAGUGGGGUUUUCUAUUUUUUGUUUUUGGUGAGGGGGUUAGUGUUAUGACGGAAGGACCAAAUGCUCCAAGUUAUACAAUACAAGGCUAAAUAGAAGAAUCUGAGUCUCAUAGUUUCAUACAUACAUAACUGUUGCUUUUUCAGUUAUUUAUUAUUGUUUUUAAACCUGCCUUUUCUUACAUUCUGUUGUAAAUAAACUACAAGCAAUCUUC